GAGGGAGGGAGGGAAGGGUUAAAUACUGAAGAAAAGUUUGUUUGGCUCCCUGAAACGCAAUGGGCGAAGUUUACUAGCGAAGUCAAGACUGGUGUUUCAAAUGUCGCUUGGCUUUAAGGGGAAAUCACGCGGAGAGACUAUGGCAAUAGUCUAAAUGUAGACUACAACAUGAAAGACUAGUCUGCUGGUCGGUGUUUGCAAACCCUGGUUGCACUGUUUACCCUCGACACUGAGCGAUGGCUGGGGGGAAUCACACGGUUGUGUACUUGUCCGAGCAGGUGAUCGUUUUGAUUUCGUGCUCGCUGUCGUUCCUGGGCUCCACGCUGAUCAUCCUCACCUACUUUAUUUGGCCCGAUUUGAGGACGACCCCGCGGAAGCUGCUGGUCUACCUCUCGGUGUCUGACUGGAUGUCCGCCGUGUCCUACGGCUUCGGAGUCUGGAGGGUUUUCGGGACCGACUCGCUGGAGUGCGUCGUCCAAGGAGCGAUAUCCACUUUCGCCAACACCAGCUCUUUCUUCUGGACCGUGGCCAUCGCUGUUUACCUGUAUAUUUUUAUCGUGAGGUCCAGUCAAAGAGUCGCUGACAGCCUGGUGUUGUUUUUCCACAUUAUCAGCUGGGGUAUUCCUCUGGCCAUCACUGUUGCAGCCGUGUCCCUGCACAAGAUUGGCUACGAUGCGUCAGAGGUGUCGGUGGGCUGGUGCUGGGUCAGCAUCCACGCUCCUGACCGGGUGCUGUGGAUGCUGCUGACGGGAAAGAUCUGGGAGUUCUUGGCUUAUCUCACCCUCCCUGUCCUCUACAUCCUGAUCAAGAGGCACAUCCACAUAGCGCAUGCUGCCCUGUCCGAGUAUCGCCCCAUCUUGGCCAACAGGCCUCAAUCACAAUCCUUCUCCUCCAUGGCUGAUAUGAAGCUAACACUCAUUCCCAUUAUCUUCAUCGCCCUGCGCAUUUGGAGCACAGUGCGCUUCAUACUGCUGCUAGCCGACUCUCCAGCCAGACAGAACCCAGUGCUGGUCACUCUACAUGGGAUUGGCAACACCUCUCAGGGAGCAGCCAACUGCAUCAUGUUUGUAUUGUUGACUAAGCCAAUCCGCACGCGCCUCUGCACCGCGCUCUGUUGCUGCUCCAAGUGUCGAGCCGAGCAGGCGCAGCACUCGCACGACGCCGCUCACACGCUGCUGCCGGGACAGGACACAGCCACACAGAGAGGGGAAGACAACCCCAGUCGAGUCCGGACUGAUAGAUGAUACUCGUUUCUGGGGAUGUGAAACUAGACGAAGGUUGACAUGAAGGGAGAGCGGUGGCGGGCUCCACGUAAUAUUGAGCCUCAUUACAGGAAGUGCCUUCAAGAGAGGGUUGGAGAUUCAUGCACAUACGUGUCACAGGGAAAAAGUCACAUGCACUUUGGGUGAUGAGGAUGAUAUUACCUGACUGUGCUGUUGUUGCAAAUUGUAUAUGUUGCACAUAUAUGUGGAAGUUUUAUUAUAGAUGGGCUGUACAUCAAACUUUAAAGUGGUUCUUUGUGCACGUUUUCUGGUUGCAUUUUGAGCACUCUCUGAAAGAGCAGCUUUAUUUAUCCCGUACUGUGUGGAGUCACUUACAUUCUGAGGUUGUCACUGUGAAAUUAAUAUUUCUCUUUCAUCUUGUUCCACUGAGAAUUAGAGUAUUGUAUUUAUGGAGGAAAGUUACUUACCAUAAUAACAACUGUAUAGCGUUCUCACUUUAGGUGAUAAACAUACUGUAAAUGUGUAUCUUUUCAUUGUCACUGUGAAUUUUGGUGAUAACCCUCACAAAAUCUUAUCUUUCGUCUAUCAGGGUGUGUUGGCUCUGAAAAGGUUUGUCAUUUUCUUCAGAGUUCGUGUCAGUUAAAGCGGAUUCACAGAAGAAAACAUCUGUAGAAACUUCUGAUUCCGGUCCUGCACCUUAAUCUUCAUCACUGUACAUCUGUAUGCUCAGUCAUUGGUUUGCUAAAAUAUGGCUAAAUAAUUGUAACAGAGCUUCCAGGAGGGAACUAGCACCACAUAGAAACAGUGUUUUUAGUCAUAUUUUGGUGAGUCUUUGUAACAUAAUAAAUGCUGAUGCUUUGAUCCUUUAUUUUAUAUAAACCCGUCACCAUUAAAAUCCAUUGUAACUGGCAUGAACUCGAGCUGACCACAGCUGCUGCUCUGUAAGUGAGCUAACUUUCUACAGCCGUCUUUCAAGCAUGAUAUUGAUAAGAGGUUUUUUUUUAUACAUUUUGGGGUUAUCGCUUUAAUAUAUUCUGUAAUAUAACUUUAAUGUAAAAUAUUUUCCCAAUUUCUAUCAAAUAUGACUUUGGGUGUGUCCAAACGGUUUGUGUACAAUAAACCUGAUUACAUCUGA